ACUAACAUUCUUUGUAGUAUUUGCCUGAUAAAUGUCACAAUAGUGUACCUCGUGUUGAGUGAUAAACAACUGUUACAAAAGGCAAAGUCAACUACAGAAUGUCAGCUUCAGAACCGCUGAUUACAGACCCUAAAGUACCAGGAGAUGAAAGGAAAAUCUUCCUUAAAGAAGUGUGUCGAGAUUGGAAGUUUCAUAGGGAUGACGUCUUGAAGGAGGUCUUCGAGAUGGUCGACAAGGAUGGAGACGAAAAACUAACUGAAAAAGAGAUGGGACAGGCUCUAAGGUUUUUGGGUUUGAAUCCAACAGAACCUCAAAUCCGGGAGAUGAUUAUUGAACAGAAUACGCCGAAAGGAAAGCUCACAUACAAACAGUUCGUUGAUUCCCUCGAAACGGCAAUUGGCUCCUGGAGCGUUUAUGAAGACCUGAUGUUUGCGUUUAGCGUGUUUGAUCCCACUGAGACAGGCUACGCAAAUAGAACCGUGCUGAAAGAUCACCUGACCAUGAUAGGGGAUCCACUAGACGAGGACGAGGCAGAGGAAUGGCUCUCCCUUGUUCAGUCGAACAGCAAAGGCGACAUCAACUACCAGAGUCUGAUAAAGCGAGUGCUGCACGAUGAAGGCUGGCUGGAGGACCAGACUAAGACUGACAAGUGACAGUACCUGCAGAUCCUCAAACGAGCAAAUAUACAGACGUAUCCUCAGCUCAAAUCAGAGCUGUACCUUAUUGACAAUAAACUUGCCGUGAGGCAACGCUCUGCCAGAACAUCAUGUGUUCACUGAACACUGUUCAGCCAGAUCCCGCUGAUAGUAGAAUAUGUUGUAGUGAGGUUAAAUACCUUUCAGCUGGUCUAGAGAACGGAUGACGCUCCUUUAAAGAUCUUCUACGUCUUACCUAACCAAAUUGUAAAUAGUGUCAAAUAAUUCUCUGUGGUUGAUGAAAUUAUUUUUGGACGAUCGUUUUCACCGCAGCAAACACUUUUUAUCAACGGAUACGGAAAGACGGUCAGUAUUAUUAUAUGUACAAAGCUUGUACCUUACAUUCAUUCGUUUAACAACAAUUAUUAUUACCACUUUGUCACACAAAUACUGAAUAUCAGACCAUAAGUAUUCAAUGUACUAAUUUGUUGAAAUAAGAACACUUGAAAUUUGCUGAAUCGCUGGACUCUUGCCGAUGCAAAUGACUGUCGUUAAUAUUUUGUUCUUCAUAUUAUUUGAAUAGUACGUCAUGUACAGUGCAAUUCGACUAUUC